AUGAUGUUUCAAUGGCUGAACCGCCAAAUGAAGGUUUGUUGAGCUUUUGCACUGUGCAGUUUGAUCUGGUCUGUCUGCACAGUGCGGAAUUAAAAAUUAGGUGUUUUUGCACAGUGCAAUCAAUUUUUUGGGUCGAAAAUGACAUAAAAUGACAACGACAUACCAGUAUACGUUGUGCAUACCCUUUCAAACUUUAUUUUCAGCCCCUUUGCACUCUGCAGAGAAAUAUUUUGACUGCACGGUGCUGAAUGGAAAUACGAUUUUACUGCACAGUGCAAAGGUAUUUUUUAGUACAAAAACGCACGAAAUAGACUGAAACAGCUUUAUUUAUCGUCCCAAAUGUUUUUUUAAUUUUGUUUUCCCCAUUACCGCACGGUGCAGAAGAAAAUUUUGUUUGCACUGUGCAAUACAAAAAGUUUGGAAAUUUUCGCACUGUGCAACAAGCAAAGUUAAACUCUGUGGAACAAAAGGAAAAAAAAUAAGUUUGUUAUAGAAACUUUUUGGUAUACGGAGUUUUAAAAAUGUUUAUCAUCGUUUUUAUUUGGCUCCUUAUAAUCCCUCGUUGUCUUUUUUUUAUAAUUUUUUUUUAUACGCGACGUUUUUAUCGCUUUUUUGGCCAUUGAUCCGUGGAAUACAUAGACACAAGUUAUGAUGUCGUAUUUUACAUUUCAUCCCUUGAUUUUUACAAAGCUUCCAUUCCAGGUAAAAUCCAGAUCUCGCUGCCACACACAUUGCAAAAAAAUCACAGAAAUUCCUCAAUAUUUUUCCCCUUUCGACUUUGACGACAUGGUAGUUUAUCCUGGAUUCGGAUUCAAAGGCGCUGAUCCAAAGUGAUUUUCAAGACGUCGUAUUGGCCACAGCCCUUCAUACAAACUGCGGUACCACUCCUCGUGUUGUUACACUUGAUCUCAGUGGAAAAGUGAGUUGCUGGGACCAAAUCUCCAGGCACUUUAGUAAAAUGCUAUAUACCGAAUUUUGCUAAAGUUGUUUAUGCCGACAUUACAAAGAAUGUUUCACGGACGUUUGAAAAACAAGUCUCGGUUGUAGCUCGUAUUGUAAAGUAUAAUUAUUAGACACAACUCGGUAAAAGACUCUAAAUUUGCGUCCAGUUUCAUCAAAAUUCGUCCAUCCUUCUUUUGUUUUCCAGACAAAAAAUAUUGACAGUAGAAAUGUAACUUUUUUUGCAAUUUUGCCUACAGGAGAGGUACUCCAAGUGCGACGCUCAGGUUUUGAUGAAACUUGGCACUAGUUUAGAAUGAUUUUUUCUAAGAUAUAUACGAGAAUUCUAGCUCGCGCUUUGCAGAAACAACCGAGAUUUUUAGAUCAAAAGUCGGCCAAAAUUUAGGACUUUUACCGAAUUUCGGCUCGAAAAGUUUCAUGCCUAUUUCAAUCGUAAAGGAAAAUGUUUCUACAAAAAAUCAAAUUUUUCCACACGAGACUGCCAAAGUUAUGGCCAAAAAGCGUUUUUCUCUCUGACCGCUCUCCACGUUUAGCGCGCCCUCUCGGCGGCAAAAAUCGUUCGAUAUCUUGACGGCGCCCGCAAAGCGCGAGCUAAAACUUUCAGGAAUAGAUAUUUAGUCCAUACCCGACGUGUGUGCAAAAUUUAAAGAAAAUCUGAGCGUCGCACUUGGAGCACUUCCCCUGUUAAUUUUAGGCUACGCCAUGAAUCUUGCGGUGUCCGUCGCGUUCCUGCUCUGCACCUGGUUCGUGGUGACGUUCGGGCAGAAGGCGAAGAAGAAGCUAAAGGAGCAGGAUAUUAUUCAACGGGUUCUCAGGGAUUACGACUGGCGGGUCCGGCCGCGGGGCGCCAACGAUUCUUGGCCUGGUAAGAAUACACAAAAAAACGGUAUUUUUUGACGCGAUUAGAUGCUAUUUUACAAUUUUACAAUCAAUUUUUGUAGAUACUGGCGGUCCUGUCGUUGUGUCAGUGAAUAUUUAUUUGAGGAGCAUAUCAAAAAUUGAUGAUGUCAAUAUGGAAUACAGCGCGUAAGUCGAUUCUUUUGGGAUAUACCAUAGCCUCACAAGUGAUUUUUUUGAUUACUAUAGUGGCGGACCUAAUCCAGCGGCAAAAAACGUAUCAUUUUGCAUCCAGGAAGUAUAAAAAAAUUGGCAAAAUACCUCCAUUUCCAAGUGCAGAAACUCCGAUUUCAAAAGCGCGCUCGUUCUUUUUGUGAGGGAGCCUUUAAAAACGAAGUUUUUUUAGCUGGAAGGGGAGGCAUUUUGCCACAUUUUUUGAUACUUCACGGAUGCAAAAUGAUACUUGCCAAUGGAUGAGGUCCAUCGCUGUACAGUCAAAGUCGUAUAAAAAUAACUGGCGCGGACUAAAAAUAAAUUUGUUAAAGAAGGGUUUUUCCUCUAUUAAGUUUUAUUUUGAGCAUAAGAUUGACCUGUUUGUCCUCUACGUACAGUGGCGAACAUGAUCCAGUGGCAAAAAACAUACCAUUUUGCAUCCCGGAAGUAUCAAAAAUGUGGCAAAAUACCUCCAUUUCCACGUGAAAGACUCCUAUUUCAAAAGCGCGCCCGCUCUUUUUUGUGAGGGAGCCCUUCAAAACGGAGUUUUUCAGUUGGAAAGGGAGAUUUUUGUCACUGGAUCAUGUCCAAGAGGUAUGAAAACAACUGGAACAGACCAAAAAAUAAAUUUGUUAUUGAAGGGUCUUUCUCUAUCAAGUGUUAUUUUUGACCCAAGACUCACUUUUUAGUCCUCUAUGUACAGUGGCGGACCUGAUCCAGUGGGAAAAAACAUACCAUUUUGCAUCCGGGAAGUAUCAAAAAAUGUGGCAAAAUAUCUCCCUCUUCUAGCUGAAAAACUCCGACUUGAAAAACGCGCCCGUUAUUCUUUUGUGGGAGCGCUUCAAAACGAGCUUUUUUAGUUGGAAGGGGAGACCUUCUGCCACAUUUUUUGCUACUUCCUGGAUGCAAAAUGGUACGUUUUUGCCAAUGGAUCAGUUCUGUCACUGCAGGCCAUAUUUCAGACUCUUCUGGCUUCAAAAUCUGUUUUUAUUGGACUUUCCAUAUCUUUGGUUUACUUAUUUUAACCCUUGGUAUGUAAAACUACUGUUAUUUAAAAAAACCCUUCAAAACGGAGUUUUUUAGAUGGAAGGGGAGGCAUUUUGCCACAUUUUUGAUACUUCCCGGAUGCAAAACGGCACGUUUUUUGCCACUGGACCCGGACCAAGCGGUCUAAAAAUAACUGGAACGGACCAAAGAAUAAAAUUGUUAUAGAAGAGUUUUGCUCUGUCAAGUUUUAUUUUUGACCAAAAAUUGACUUGUUAGUCCUUUAGAGAUUAGAUUAUCCGCUCGAAAAAUCAACUUUUUUUCAGGCAAUUCACAUUCCGCGAAGAAUGGUGGGACCCGCGUCUGGCGUACAAGCGUUUCGCCGACGACGAAACCCAAGUCCCGCCGUUCGUCGUGCUGGCCACGUCGGACUCGGCGGACCUGUCGCGGCAGGUCUGGAUGCCCGACACCUUUUUCCAGAACGAAAAAGAGGCCCGUCGACAUUUGAUCGACAAGCCGAACGUCCUGAUUCGAAUCCAUCCGGAUGGAAAAAUCUUGUAUAGCGUUCGACUGUCGCUCGUUCUCUCCUGUCCCAUGUCGCUGGAGUACUACCCGCUGGACCAUCAGACCUGUCUGAUCGACCUGGCCAGCUACGCCUACACCACGGACGACAUCAAAUACGAGUGGAAGUCGAGCAAUCCCAUCCAACAAAAGGACGGGCUCCGCCAGAGCUUGCCCAGCUUCGAGCUACAGGAGGUGCUCACGGAUUAUUGCACGAGCAAAACGAAUACGGGCAAGUUUUUUUCACGGAGAUUUUAUAGGUAGUGAAAAAAAAUUAAGAUUUUUUCAAUGGUUAUGGCACAUGUUUAGACACUUUACAGUACUAAUUUUUCAAAAAAAAAAGUUUUUUUUUGAAUUGCACUCUGCAAUUUUGAUAAAAAAAAGUUUUGCACUGUGCAAAUAAAAAUUGUUUUUGCACUGUGCAAUCUUGAUGAAAAAAAAAUUUUUGCACUGUGCAAAUAAAAAAUUGUUUUUGCACUGUGCAAUUUUGAUAAAAAAAAAUUUGCACUGUGCAAUUUUACAAAAUAAAUUUUGCACUGGGCAAUUUUAAUAAGAAAUUUACUGCACUGUGCAAUUUUAGAAAAAAAUUAUUGCACUGUGCGAUUUUACAAAAAAAAAUUUUUUGCACUGUGCAAAUAAAAAAAUUGUUUUUGCACUGUGCGAUUUUACAAAAAAAAAAUUUGCACUGUGCAAAUAAAAAAAUUGUUUUUGCACUGUGCAAUUUUACCCAAAAAAUUUCUGCACUGUGCAAUUUUACAAAAAAAAAUUUUUGCACUGUGCAAUUUAAAAAAUAUUUUUUUUGCACUACUGCAAUUUUGAUAAAAAAAAAUUUUGCACUGUGCAAUCUCAAAAAAAAAGUUUUUGCACUGUGCAAUUUCCGGACCUCUAAAAAAGUUCAAAAAAUCAAAAAUAAAGUACAAUAAAGUGCCAUAAACACAAUAUUGUAGUCAUCACAGAACACAAACAUUUUCAUUAAUUCACUCUAGCACAUACACUCUAUAGUAAGCACUUGUAGCCUCCGGCAUCGUAUUGUAAUUAGUAAGCGCACUUAUUCAACCGUAACACAUGGUGAAACACAGUUUUGUAGGUAGUUACAACUAGUUUUGGUAUCGUAGUCGCCUUUCUGAAGGCUAAGGAGAACUUCUUCCGAGUAUUUGGCAUAAUAACCUCAAUGUAUCGCUUGCAAUUUUUGCAGUGUAAAUGUGCUUUUGCUUUUGCAAUUUUUGGUGUGUAAAUGUUGCUUUAAGCUUACUGUAACAUUUGUGGAGGCAAUUUGAGAUUAUUCUCGGGGCUUUUGAAACUUUUGAGUCAAAAAAAAAUUUUUUUUUAUUUCAGAAAAUCGACCGGUCGAUAAAAAUCAAGUUGAAAAAUCGACCGGUCGAUUUUGUUGUUCAAAAAAUUCAAGUAAUAUCGACCGGUCGAUAAAAAUUAAGUCGAAAAAUCGACCGGUCGAUUUUGUUUUUUUUUAAAAAGCGCAAAAAAUCGACCGGUCGGUUAAAACCAAGUCAAAAAAUCGACCGGUCGAUUUUGUUUUUUUUAAACAAGGCUUGAAAAAUCGACCGGUCGAUAAAAAUGAAGUCAAAAAAACGACCGGUCGAUUUUCUCAAAAAAUUUUUUUAGGCCUGAAAAAUUAUUUUUUCAAAAGCCCUGACCAUAAUCACCAAUAUUAUUAUUACUUUGUUGCCCCAUUUACCUCCGUCCUAACAAAAUUAACUCGCUUUGAGUGCGUUGAAGUGACGGCUUUUGCAAAUUUAGGUGAAUAUUCUUGUCUGCGGACCAAAAUGAUCCUGCGAAGAGAGUUCUCGUACUACCUGCUGCAGGUACGUUCCAUAGCAAGCAGUAUUGAUCUUAAAAUUUAUUUGAUUUUAGUUGUACAUACCAUCCUGCAUGUUGGUCAUCGUGUCGUGGGUCAGCUUUUGGCUGGACAAAGACUCUGUGCCGGCCAGAGUCACGUUGGGAGUGACAACGUAAGUUCCGCCAACUUUGACGGAUUUUUUGGCCGUUGAAUGGGGAACUUAUUGGGAUUAAUUUUUAGAUGGUAUUUCAAAAGAUUUACAGGGAAAUCUUUAAAAAUUGCUCAAGUGCGACGCGACAUAUUUUCUUUAAAUUUUGCAGACAUCUUGGGCAUAGACCAAGUAUCAAUUCCUGAAAGUUUUAGCUUGCGCUUUACUAGCGCAGUCGAGAUUUUUAGCGAUCUUUGUGGGCGAGAGAGCACGCGAAAGGCGGAGAGCGGUCAGAGAGAAAUCAUUUUUUUUGGCUAUAUCUUUGCCAUCGCGGGGAAAAAUUAUUUUUUUGUGGUAACAUUACUCUCUACAGUAGAAAUAGGCAUGAAAAUUUUGAAGCCAAAGCUCACCAGAGUUUGAAGAAGUUUUAAUUUCAAUUUUUCCGCCAUUUUGGCAAUUCUUUGGCAUUGUGUUCUUGGCUCGUUUAAGGGCGUUUUAUCGCUGCCAGAAACAUUUCGAACAGCAAAAAUAUUUUUUUUUGGUCUUUAUAGAGCCACAAAUAAGUCUUGUUGCACAAUGCCAAGAACCCAAAAUUGGCAUCCCAAUUUUUCGUUUCAAUACACAAAAAAAAACAUUUUUUUGAGGGGGCCGGCCCUAAAAUUUCCAAUCAGUCUAAAGCCCGGCUCCAACAAAUUACAUAACGGAAAUACGUCCGUAAUCAUUCGUUUUUAGUCUCCUAACCAUGACCACGCAAAGUUCGGGUAUCAACGCCAAACUGCCUCCAGUCUCCUACACCAAGGCCGUGGAUGUGUGGAUCGGUGUUUGUAUGGCGUUCAUUUUCGGCGCUUUAUUGGAGGUAUGUCUUUCCGUAAAAUAACAUGGCUCUACGAAUUUUCGGAGCAGCGACAGUUCGGGUCAACGAUACUAUGAAUUGCGACGGCCAGGUGUUGUAUGCAUAGGCGAGGCUAGGAAAAGGCUUAGUUAGUAGAGAUAAGAAGAUUGAUCGAGUCCUAGGAUGGCUUAUGACACAUUUUGAGGUAUUUAUUUUACAUAUACUCACAUCAAAAAUAUAUAGAUAAAAGUUUCGGGUAUUCGUUUUUUGCCGCAAAUUUGGGUUUUUUAUAGGAUGCAGUAACGCAGGGUACAGAAAAAUAAUGUUGUUAAUAGCUAAAAAAAGAAAAACUGGACAUAUUUCCAGUCUUCUCCGCCGAGGCUCCGCCGAGGCUCCGGCGAGGCUCCGCCGAGCCUUCGCCGAGCAUCCAACUUCUUUUCUAGACCUCGUAGGCAUUUCUUACAACCUUUUUUUGAGUAUCCAUCUGCCCUACACCUCGUACCGAUCAAUUUGGUAUUGACCCGAACUGUCGUCGACCCGAAAAGUCGGGACGCAAAAAAGAUUGACUUUGUCGUAUUUUCUAGUUCGCCCUGGUCAACUACGCCGCCCGCAAGGACAUCAGCGGCCAGCAGCGGAUGCCCCGCUUCCGGCAGCAGCCGCAGCUCGUGGAGAACUCGCAGUUUCAGCCGAAGGCCGAGUUCCGCGGCAACGGCGGCAUGUACGAGCCGCUGUAUCGGUCGGGCGACACGACCGACGGCCAAACAACGUAUGGCCAUAACAUGGUCAUCAACUAUGCUAACCCGUCGAGUGCCGGCUAUUUCACACGCUUCUACACGUGCUGCUGUCGGAUCUUUGUGCGUCGGUACAAGGAGCGGUCGAAGCGGAUCGACGUGGUUUCCAGAUUGGUAAGUCGUGUGUAUACAUACAGUGGGGGAUCUGAUCCAGUGGCAAAAGACGUACCAUUUUGCAUCCGGGAUGCAUCAAAAAUGUGGCAAAAUGCCUCCCUCUCAAAGUAAAAAAACUCCGUUUUGAAGUGCUUCCUCACAAAAAGAUCGGGCGCGUUUUUGAAAUCUGAUAUUUUUCACUUGGAGACGGAGGUAUUUUGCCACAUUUUUUUAUGCUUCCUGAAUGCAAAAUGGUACGUUUUUUGCCACUGGGUCAGGUCCCCCACUGUAUUUUAUAAGGGAAUUGCCGGAGAUACGACGUUUGGAGGUUGUUCCAAAUUUGUCUGCAUAGGCUAUUUUGGGCCAAUAGCAUUUUCAUAAAGUCCAUGGACAUUAGUUUUAGAGAAAAAAGCGUUUUUGUCCCAACGAUUUUUGGCACUUACGAGGGAAUUCUCGCCAAGUGCGACGCCCAGAUUUUGAUAAAACUUGGCACAAAUUUAGAAUAAUUUUUUUAGAAAUAUGUGCUAGAAUCCGAGCUCGCGUUUUGCAGAAACCACCGAAAUUUUCAGGUCGAAGAUCGAGGAAAAUUUGAGACUUUUUGUCGAAUAUCGGCACGAAAAGUUGCAUCACUAUUUCUACCAUAGAGGGUAAGGUUUCCACAAAAAAUCAUUUUUUCCGCACCAAGCUAGCAAAGAUAUAGCCAAAAAGUGUUUUUCUCUCUGACCGAGCCACAUUUCGGGUGCUCUCUCGGCCACAAAGAUCGUUGAAUAUCUCGGCUUCGGCUGCAAAGCGCGGGCUAAAACGUUGAGGAAUUGAUACUUAGUCUAUGACCGAAAUGUGUGCCAAAUUUGAAGGAGAUCUGAGCGUCGCACUUGGGGUACUUCCCUUGUCAAAAUUCCCUCCUCAUUUUACAUUUUCCACCAAAAAACCCAUGAGUAUAUGACAUGGGAUUGCAACGUAUGGGUUAAAAUUUCCACCAACAUAUUUCCGAUAUAACCGACCACUUCUUUUCAGGUCUUUCCCAUCGGUUAUGCCUGCUUUAACGGUAAGUCUCGCGCUAUAAACCUGCUUACCCUUGCCUUGCCAUUUGCAGUGUUAUAUUGGACUGUCUACCUGAUGUAA